AUGACUUCAUGGAAGAAAACAAUCGCAACGCCAUUCAAGAAAGCGGCAACGUUCUUUAACCAACCGCAGCAAACGCCGCACAACCGCGGCGGUCACGGUCACGCAAACGCGAAAGCAAGAGAAGAACAUGAGAGACGAGCGGUGAAAGAGCUUCAAGGCGACGUUAUGGCUUGUGGUUAUGAAGAUGUCCUCGUCAUGUGGUCAAUUCUUGACAAGUCAAACUCUUCAAACAAUCUCUCUUCUUGA